UGAUGCAGCCAUAGUUCCAAGUGCCCUUCAUCAAACCUGAAGAUGACACUCAGAGAAUAGGAGUUGUGACAUUAUUCUUCACCUCUGCAGCCUGCAGGCAUACAACCAAAACCGUAUAACAGUGAAACAAAGGCAGCCAUGAACCUGUUCAGGAAGGACGCCAUGAGCUCAAAGAAGGAGAAGGAUAAAGAGAUCGAAUAUGAGGACCCUCCAGAUGGAGGCUGGGGCUGGAUGGUGGUGCUGCAUUGCUUCCUGGUAAAUGUCCUUGUGAUGGGAACACUGAAGAGCUUUGGGAUCUUCUUUGUGGCUUUCCAAGACGACUUCGGAGGCUCGGCAGAGAGCAUCAGCUGGAUUGGUUCCAUCAUGUCGAGCAUGCGGCUGUCUGGAGCACCCAUGGCCUCUGUGGCGUGUGCCAAGUUUGGAGCUCGGGUGACCUCCAUCACUGGGGCGGUGCUGGUCAGCGGAGGCUUCAUCAUGAGUAUUUCAGCAAACAGCGUGGUGUUCCUCUACGUCAGCAUGGGAGUGAUAGUUGGGAUGGGUUUCGCACUACUAUACCAGUCCUUCUCAGUGGUCACAGCUCUUUACUUUCGAAAGAGGUUAGCAACAGCGUAUGCGAUUGGACGUUCUGGGAUGGGUUUGACGUUUGCCCUCGCCCCGUUCACUCAGCUGCUCCUGGACCUAUAUGCCUGGCAAGGGGCGAUGCUGAUUCUUGGAGGUCUAAUGCUGAACCUGGUGGCCUCUGGCAUGCUUCUGCGACCCAUCAAUGUAAAGCCUCCUGUACCAAACGCUACCUCUUCCCCCACCCAAAAGAGCCCUGCUGUUUCCCUCAAGAGUGCCUCAGAGAAGGAAUACACCAAGGGCUGCUUGAACGGCUCCUCUCACUUAUCCAAUGGCACCGCCAAAUCAGACUCUUCCCCUUCCCUUGCUCCCCCUCACAGGGACACUGAGGACCUGGGGGGCCAAUGUACUCAGGGACCCGAGGACCAGUCAGUGAAACCUGAACUGACCAGACUGGUCCUCAGUGGUGUGAAUGGCCACGAGCCUCACCAUGACUCGGUUCAGUGUAAACCCACCACUCCGGACGGCUCAGCCGAGCACAACGGCGGCAUGAAUGGUUCCACCAUUGUUGGACAUCCCUCGCAUGCCAGCACACCCAGCGAGGUGGCUGUCAGAAAAACCAAAGUACUGGAUUUUUCCCUGCUUAAGGACCCGUUCUUUUGCAUCUACACUUGGUCCGUGGUCUUCAGCCAGCUGGCCUACUUCAUCCCUUAUUUCCACCUCUCUGCCCGAGCCAGAACCCUGGGCAUCGAUGCCAUGGAUGCUUCAUUUAUCAUCUCUGUGGCAGGUAUCACAGAGACCAUCGCCCAGCUAGCCUCGGGCUGGAUGACAGACAGGAACCUGUUUCAUAAAUACCACUACCACAAAGCCUACCUGAUCCUCUGUGGCCUGGUCAACCUGCUGUCCCCACUCGCAAACUCCUACAUCCUGCUCAUGGUCUACGCCAUCUUCUUUGCCGUCUUCUGUGGCGGCUACAUGGCGCUGCUGCUGCCUGUUCUAGUCGAUCUCGUGGGGGCAGAGAAACUCAACAACUCCAUGGGCUUCUCCAUGUUCUUUGUCGGCCUGGGCUGCCUCACAGGGCCUCCAUUAGCCGGGUUCCUGUACGACUACACUCAGACUUACGACUGUUCAUUCUAUCUGGCCGGGCUCUGCUACCUGAUCUCCUCCCUCUCCCUGUUCAUGGAACCGCUGGCUCGGCGUUGGAAGGCCAAGCAGAAAUUGGCUCAGGCCAAGAGGGCAGAAAGCAGCUGCAAGACCAAUGGCUGUUUCACCCUCGAGCGCCUGCAGAACGGCGUUGUGUAAGAAUGACACCCAGGGAGAGCUUUGCAGUGGCUCUGCAAACCUUGGACCAUGGACAGCAGCUUAAUGUUGGAACCUAAGUGACUCUUAAUGUCUGCAAGAGAGUAACAUAGGCUGGGGGGUGGGGCAUAUGACCACAGUAGCAUGAUUUUUAAGAGCGUACGGUAGUUGGGACGUUAUUAGAUUAUUGUAUUGAACUUUUAAAAUGCCAAAAUUUUUACAGUAAAACUGCAAAAUAUUAUACCCCCUAUCUUUAUAGUAUCAGAGAUACAUGCAUCCCAACCGAGAACAACACCCUACAGACCAGAGCCAGCAUGUUAGCAGCUAAGCAACCACGACUUACUGAAACAUGCUCUGUUUUCGAAUACAACAGCUUUGCAGUAACAUCUCAUUGCUGGAAACUAAGCUAUGCAGUUGAGCUUGACUUCCGGUCUUCAAUUAAUUUUUCUGCGAUGACAUAAAUGCAAGCACAUAUCCACAAGGGAAGGCAUUUCACCUGAUCUCCUUGAAAGCCUUUACCUGUGUCUGUACACCUUAUCUCACUGAUAUGCACUUUGGGCCAAACUGUGAUCAUGCUGCAUGACAUUUCCUCUAACUUAGAUAGUUGAGAUACUGACCAACAACGUAAUUGCAGCCUGCCUCUAAAGACACAAUGUGUAAUUUGCUCCAUAUAGAUCAAAAACAAGAAAGAAAUAGAAUAUCUUAACCCAAACAAAUGUUUGUGGGCACAAGAAUAGAUUAUAUGGUCAAUUCUGGCAUUUAGAGGUAUAGAAAUGAUUGGGCAAAAUGUUCAACAUGUGAGCAUUCCUUUCGUCUUUACACAUUUUACGCUCCUCAUCAACUCUUUCAUACUCAUUUAUACCUUCAGCUUUUCUUAUACCUUUUACAGUUUUUCUGUAGGUUGAAGUUUCAGUCUUUUUUUUAGAGAUUUUUAGAAACUAUAACGGCUGGUGACACAGAUCUGUGCUCCUAAGGGAAAGUGCUUUACAGUUUUUCUGAAUUCCUAAAACACUAAACCCUGUUCUCUAAACAAAACUGUCAACUGGUAAAACAACUUUAUUGAAUCAAUUACAUAGUUGGCAGGAGUGUUCAGAUAUCCAACAAUAAAUCUUUUUCAGUAAUUUUUCAGUAACAGUUUUUUUUUCGAGCUAUGCUCAGAGUUCAGUGUUUAGCAUUUUUUUAAUGUAAUGUUUGCUGAGUAGUGUUUAUGCAUUAGAUGGCUUUCUGUGUUAUUUGAUGGCACUGUUUGGUUCUGGGUAAAGAUAAAAUAGUUUUGAAUCAGUUGUUUGAUUUUGCAAGACAAGUCAAACGUUUUGUGAAUGGAGUUUGAAUUUUUGUGUUUACUAUUUUGAUAAUUGGAGAGGAAGUUUCAGGUCAUUUGUUUUAGCGAUUCAGAAAAAAACUGUAACUUAAUGUUUUAACCCUUUCACCCCUUUAAAACCCCGUAAUAUAAACUGACUUUGAUCUCUCACCCCUGAACUGAGAGCUCAGCUACUUUCGGAGUCUGUGCAGACAUGUUGGACAAACCUAUACUGAAACUGCUCACAGUGCACAUGCUUCAACUGUCUCCCUCACGUUCACUUCAGGCGAAAUUCCAACAGCUUCAAAUUCAACACUGUAAUGUCAAAGUUUGACAUUAUAGCUCUCGGUUGAAACAUGCUCUGGUUGGUUUCAUAGCUAAGACAUGUAAUUUUAACUGCUUACAAAAGAAGCUGACGUCUCAGUUGCUUAAACUCAGUAGAGCGCAUAACUCCGCCAAUAUAUGCCUGAUAUUUUUCUCAUCGAGAUCCGCAAAUGAUUCCAUGGGAAAUCUGUGAAAAUGUCUUUGUGUAGUCUUCAAAUCAAACAAAACAACAUGACCUCCUUGGCAGAGGUAAUUCAAACUCUGCUGCUGUCACCUGCGCUCCUUUCAGUUCUUUAACUUCAAUCAACCCCUCAGCUCCUUACACCACAUCUUAACACCUUUUUACCCUGUUUACAAUCAUUGCAUCUGCAAUUUUCCACACAGAUGAGCUCACUUCAUUCCCCACAGAAAUGUUGAUAUUGAAACCUCAGUGGUGACCUUUUUAAAUGCUGCAACUAGAAACUGCUACUUUUGUGGGUCAGUAAUGAUAAUCAGCAUUUAAAUCUCCCUGCAGAUAUCUUGUAUUUGGAAGUACCUGCUGAUAAGAAAACACUCAUGUCCUGCUCAUCGUGAGAGAACAGUUCUAUGCAAAAGCUCACAGAGCAGGAUUUUGUUUUGUCCGCCCGCCUACACACACAAUCAUUUUAACUUUAGUUAAGAUUCCAGCUCCUGAAAGAAGAACUCUGUUUGGUCGUGUUUAAAUGUUUUUUAAUGUGUCCUGAAGAAACGAACCACAGAGAGAGCUGACAGAGCUGUUGUCUGCUGAACAGCCGGAGCUUCUGUGUGAUAAAGUGUCAUUUUAUCAGCUUUUUAUGUCUGUAAAUCUCUGACCCACUGUGUUACAAAGAUGUUUUGCCAAUGUCGCCCGUAAAAAUGCAAGGGCCCCCACACUGACUGUUGCCCAGCCUUUACAGUGCCUGCAGGCAGCCAAUUAAUGGCAAUGCAACUUAUUAUUUUAUUUUGUUUAUACAUGGGAGUCUAUUGGUUGUUGAAUCUUUUUUUUAUAUAUAUAGUAGAGGUUUUUGUUUUGUCAGUGGAUUCCUCGUUUUUCACCGGUUUGCCUUACAAGGUACUGUGUUGUAUCUUAAUUAACUUCCUGUGAUGUCAGCCAAAGACACAUUCGAAACCUAUCUACAACUUGAAGCGCAUUAAGAGUGAUGAGUUUGGACAGCGUAUAUAAUUUAGACCACUCUGACCAUCCAUUAUUCAGUCAUCUUCAAGUCUUGAUUAUGGACGGCCCAGAAUCCAAUGUGUUUUGUUAUGCUGCCCUCUUAUGGCAGAGGAAUGCAUCUACUUAAAGAAUGCUGUGUCAAUUAGUACCAAGUUAUUCCCCCUCAACUCACUUUCACAAUACUGAGCAAGGCUCUUUGUAUUGUUUCAAUAACGACAGUCAUGCACACAAGCUCUUUAGCCUCACGGGUUGUAUUCACCACCAGUAUGCUUUCAGGAUUUAGGGCCUCUGUAUAUUUUGUACCAUAAUAAAUCUUUUAUGAAAUGUAUUUGAUGCUUUAAAGGUAGAUCCAGUUUGGAAUGACUUUACUUGUUAGUUAUCUGGGUAUGUUUAGGAACUGUACGUUCAAGCAAUACAUUUUAUGGCUCUUUGGUAAUGUCUCAAACCUCACUAGUAAGGUGAGUUCUGUUUAAUGAUGUUGGAGGUUCUCGUUGCAGCGAAUGCGUUCAUGGGUGAAGCACUGUUUUGUUCCAACUCUUUACUCUUGGAUUUGAAAACUGAGUUUAGAAAAUAUGCUUAACCAAUCAUAGAUGUCAUUUUCCAAGCCAUGUAACAGUGCGCACUCAGCUCCAAUAAACUGACGCAUUACUCAGUC